AUGGACCAGUACAGCCUUGGGGACGAUGGUGCCCUUCAGUCAGAGAUGCAUCUUCCUGGAUUUUCAGAGAGCCAGGGGCUGAACUGCAGUGACACCCUCAAUCGAGAUCUGUGCCCCAACACAAGAGACCUGCUCUACGCUGGCCUGAGCAGCUUAGACCUGGACCCUGGCCUCCCGACGCCAGAUAUGGCCAGCGAGGCUCUGGAGGACAAUCUCGACGCCCUCUCUUUGUAUUCAGGGAAGGAGGGAGACUCGGCAAAGCUAUUGGAGGAGUAUGCUGAUUCGGACUCGCAGCCUUCCUUGCAGGACCUGGGACUGGGCGUCCUUAAGGCAUCUAAAGAAGCAGAUGAAGGAGGCAGGGCCAGCUCGGGCAGUGCCAGGAAAGGAAAGCGGCAGCACAGCUCCCCCCAGAACCCGUUCCUGGAUUGCAGCCUCUGUGGAAAGGUGUUCAGCAGUGCCAGCUCCCUUAGCAAACACUACCUGACGCACAGCCAGGAGAGGAAGCACGUCUGCAAGAUCUGCAGCAAGGCGUUUAAGCGCCAGGACCACCUGACUGGACACAUGCUGACCCAUCAGAAAACCAAACCCUUUGUGUGCAUUGAGCAGGGCUGCAACAAGAGCUACUGUGAUUAUCGUUCCCUGCGCCGCCACUACGAGGUGCAGCAUGGCCUGUGUAUCCUGAAGGAGGCCCCUCCAGAAGAGGAAGCCUGUGGGGAUUCACCUCAUGCUCACGAGGCAGCCGGCCAGGCUGGGCCCAGCAGCCUCCGAACCCUGGUGCCCUCCGAGGCCCGCUCCCCCAGCUCCCUGCUGCCCAACCGAGACCUCCUUCGGUGCAUCGUGAGCAGCAUUGUCCACCAGAAGCUCCCCUCACCUGGCCUGGCUGCUGCGGGGGCACCCGACGUUGAUGGGAGGGGCUCACUGUGCCCUUGUCCGCCCAGCGCGGGCUCUGUCUCCUGUACUCCUGCCGAUGCCAUGGCACCUACAGGAGCCCUGGGCAUCGAGCCUCCCGAGGAGCCUCGGCCCCCAAGAAAGGAUGCGGCCCCCUCUGACAUGUUCACAGUUAUCCAUUCAGGGAAUCUGGCAGCCAUGGCCCCCGGGGGAGAGAACGGAGCCUCUGACCCAGCUGAUUCGGAACUGCCUUUUCUCCCACUCCCAUCUGCUGGACCAGAAAGUUGGUCCGAUGGGGGGACCUUGCCUUGCUUGCCUCUCUUCCGAGGCCAGGCGGUCUCAGCGAGCUCCCAGCCAUCUAGUCACAACUUUCAGUGGGUCAGGAACCUGCCCGGCUGUCCCACGAGCAAAGGGAACAGUGUCUAUUUUGUCCACAAGCCAGCUCCGGUCCCUGCCCGGGAUGGCUCUGAGCCCAGGCCUGGGCCUGUGUCCCCGCUGCUGGACCCAUUAGCUGCCCCAGUAGGCGCUGGACCAGAGGACGUGCUCUCUUUCCCUCCCAUGCUUCUAAAGGCACCGGGGGACACCCUGAGUGAUGCCAGGUUUGCUGGUGGUGAGGACAGCUCCUGGCCUGCCCAGAGGAACAAGUGUGACUGUGAGCCCUUCCCUUGGCAGAACCCUGGGGAGCUGGGCCUCCAGGAUGUGCAGAAACCGAGUGGGCUCCCCCCUGAGAGCACCUCGCUCUUCAGGCAGCUCUUUCUCAAGUCCCAGGAGUCCCUGGUGAGCCACGAGCAGAUGCAGGUGUUUCAAAUGAUCACCAAAUCCCAGCAGAUGUUCUCCAACACCCAGGUAGCAGCAGCUCCCUCUCAGCUCCCACUCCCAGAGACCAAGCAGGCUUUGCUGAAACCACUGCAGGGCGUGUGGCAGCAGCCUCUGGGCCCAGGGGCUGACUUCCAUGCUCUCCCGGGGAACCCGGAGCAGGAGGGGUCGCCGGCCCACAGGAGAAAGACCCAGGCCCUGUUUCCAAGAGAGUCUUCACCUAGAAGCACAAGGCGGGACCCCAAGGGAGGGCCAAAAGUGGCCCCUGCAUUGCCUUCCCUUGGGUCAUCCCUGGACCCUUGUGGGAAUCCAGAUGCUUCUAUGACCAAGCAGUGGCGGUCAGCAAAAGGGAGCGUAGGUCUGGGGGAUGUUUUUUCCCCAGCACGUCCUCGACUGUCUCCAUCGGGGAUGGAAGAGCCAGCCGGAGGCCAGUUCCAUUCAAAGCUGUCUCAGACAGAGAAUGGUGCCCCCUCGGCCACCAAAGGUGACAAGAGUCAGGCCGGUGCCAGAGAAAUGGGCUAUCGACUCUUCUCUGGCAGCACCAGAGCCCAGCGAUUCUCCGGCUUCCGCAAGGACAAAGUGAAGAUGGACAUGUGCUGUGCGGCGUCUCCGAGCCAGGUGGCCAUGGCUUCCUUUUCCUCGGCCGGCGCCUUGGCGGAGCCCUCGCGGGACGUGAAGUCCAAGCUGACCGUCUUCAAUAGGAUGCAGGGCGGGAAUAUCUACAGGCUGCCCCACCCCACGAGGGAAGAGAGCCUGGUGACUGGCUGUAACCAGCUCAAUGGUGUUUCUCCGGACUGGACGGAACCCAGAAGCACUUACGUCUGCAAGAACUGCAGCCAGAUGUUUUAUACCGAGAAGGGGCUGAGCAGCCACAUGUGUUUUCACAGUGACCAGUGGCCGUCACCAAGAGGGAGGCAGGAGCAGCAGUUGUAUAGCGCGGAAUACUGCAAACCCCAGAGAUUGGUCCUAAGGCCGGAGGGUGAUGGACAAAGUCCACCAGGAGCCAAGAGGCCUUUGGAAGACCUCGCUGCAGCCCCUUUGGUGACCCCUGUGUCUGUCCCUGGGCCAGCUGGGAGCCGACCUCUGGGGAGCCUGACUAAGGGACACGAGAGGGCUGGCCGAGAAGAGAGAGACACUAAGGAAACCAGCCAACACAGAAAAAGAAAAAAACGCCCCCAGCCCAAGACGCUGUUCAUCCCUCCUCCACCUUCGGUUUUUGGAGAGAUCCAGCCCGGCCCUGGAGGCUGCUAUCAGAGCUGUCUGCGGUCCCCAGUGUUCCUAGUCGACUAUCUCCUGAAGGGUUUAUUGCAGUGUUCUCCAUAUACACCACCCCCAAUGCUCAGCCCGAUCCGGGAAGGGUCAGGAUUGUAUUUCAACACUCUCUUCUCCACAUCCACUCAUUCUGAUCCUGAUAGGCUCUAUGGGACUGUGCUGGACCGAGUGGAUGGCUCUUUUGGAAUUGCUGUGGUCAAAGACGACACCAAGAUCAGCAUUGAGCCACACAUCAAUAUAGGGAGCCGAUUUCAGGCAGAGAUCCCAAAGCCCAGAGAGAGUUCUCUGGCAGAAGGUGACCAGCAUGGCGCUUCGCUGGUGUGGAAACCAUGGGGAGAUGUGAUGACCAACCCGGACACGCAAGGCAGAGUGACUGAACUGUGUAACGUGGCCUGCUCCAGUGUGAUGCCAGGAGGAGGGACCAAUCUGGAACUCGCUCUCCACUGCCUGCAUGAAGCCCAGGGUGAUAUCCGGGAUGCUCUGGAGACCCUGUUACUCAGAGGACCCCAGAAGGCUCCGUCUCAUCCUCUUGCUGAUUAUCGUUACACAGGUUCAGACAUCUGGACUCCUGUGGAGAAGAGGCUGUUUAAGAAGGCUUUCUGUGCCCAUAAGAAGGAUUUUUAUCUGAUACACAAGAUGAUUCAGACAAAGAAUGUGGCCCAGUGUGUUGAGUAUUAUUAUAUCCGGAAAAAAAUGAUCAAGUUUGACUGCGGCCGAGCCCCAGGGCUAGAAAAGAGGGUCAAGAGAGAGCAGGAUGAGGUAGAAAGGACAGAAGAAAAGGUGACCUGCAGCCCUCGAGACCGGCUCAGUCAUCGGCCGACCCAAGAGCUGAAGAUCAAAACCAAGAGUUAUAAGAGAGAAGCCAGUGUCACCUCUAGCCCGACCAUUGGCCCCAAGAGGACCCCCGACCCCCCGGGGAGUGCCGAGAGCCAGGGCGUGUUUCCGUGCCGAGAGUGUGAGAGGGUGUUCGAUAAGAUUAAGAGUCGAAAUGCCCACAUGAAGCGCCAUCGCCUCCAGGAGCAUGUGGAGCCUGUGGUCAGAAUGAAGUGGCCCGUGAAGCCCUUUCGGAGUGAGCCACGAGAUGAGGAAGAUGAGGAGGAAGCUGGGGCAUCACCACCCCUCCGGUGGUGAUGGGAAGAAGGCCAGGAUCCUGGGGGGGAGGGCCUGCCUGGCCAGGGCCUCCAACCCCCGCUGGGGGCUGUGGCGUCUCUCCCAGGCUUGGUCCAGUGGGGAGCAUGCCCCCGACGUGGCCACAGCUUCUCUUUGCUGUCCCAUUGGGUAGCCAGGUGUCUGAUGGGAAAGCCACGUCCUAUGUUGGGUAGUAAUUAGGGAUGGGGCAGGGAAAGCACAGUCAUCACAUGAUUGUCAUGGCUGUGUAGUGUGGGCUUCUGAGGCUCUGUACCAUUCAGUUGGGUGACCUCUCCCCUUUUUUCAAUCAUAUGUCUCGGGGGAAUGGGGGGGGAGAAAAAGACAAAAAAGUUGGAUCUGAGUAGCUCUUAAAUCUUUGCCUAAGUUUUGGGGUUUGUUAUUUUUGUUGGAAAAGGCCAAGAUUUCAGAGAAUCAGUGGGAAGAUAGCUCUAUAGCGAUGACAUGUGGGGGCCUCCCUCACACAGGGAGGAGCCUUCUGCAUUGAGUCCAAGGUGCUGUGGUGACCUGUACAUUGUUUGGUUUUUUUGUACGUGCCUACU